UGCUUAUAGAUCGCGCGGCGACCAGUGAGUCUCGAAGUGCCGGUUCGCGCGGACGCCUGCACGACGCCGCGAGAGAGAGACGCGUAUACACGCUUAUCCCCACUCUGGCACGCUAGAGCGAGACGCAGCACAUCGACGUUUCAACAGAUACGGCAAAGGUCCACCAUGUGCUACUUCAGCAUCAUAGUGAUCAUAUUCGAUGUUGUGUGUGUGAAGUGAGUGUGUAAGUGAUCGAGUGUCUGAUGACCCGGCGACUGAAUAGUGGUCAUCAAAAUGAAGACGCAUCGGUUUUGGAAUAUACCCCUGUUUCUGCACAUGAUGGUGGUGUUAGUUGCCGGUAUGUCAGACGUGUGGGUGGACCUGCGGAUGCCCCGGUUCGUCGUGCACCAGCACAACGCCACACUCCACUGCGAUCACAACGUCGACGCAGACUCUAUUUAUAAGGUUGUGUUCUACAAAGAUGCGAAGCACUUCAUGAGGUACAUCAGAAAUCGAGACCCCCCGUAUGAGAUAGUUCCCCUAACUGGCGCUGUUAUUGAUAUAGCAACCGUAUCCGCUACCACUGUGACGUUAGACAAAUUAGAUUUCCCGGCCUCAGGAUCAUACGCUUGUGAGAUUGCCUUAGAUUCGCCUUUAUACUCAAAAGUCUCCAGAGUAUAUGAACUCAAUAUUAUUGUGCGUCAGAGGUAUCGGCCGAAAAUAAAGAUUAAAAACAAACGUUUUUCACCUAAUGACUUUCUGGAUGCAACCUGCCACAGCGCCCCCGCGCACCCCGCUCCGCACCUCACCUGGUUUAUAAAUAAUGUCAAGGUAGACGAGAAGUUGACGAUCCCGCACGGCACGACGCCGGUGCACCGGCGGCACCACGGCAUGCAGCUGAGCCUCACGUCGUCUUCGCUGCAUUUCCCGUUGUCUGGGCUCGAACGCACGCCCAAUCAGACUGUCGACAUCACCUGCCUGAGUACCAUCCCUAGCUAUGCGAGCGUGGUAGACGGGUUUUCUGAUAUUCAAAAUCACACAAUUUCCAUGAACGUGUUUCGCAUCGAGCCCGCGCCCACGCAGCUGCCGGUGAUGAUCGUGAGCCCCGAGAACUCCUCGUCCCGAAGCCACGCCGCCCGUAUACUAAUCGUCUUUAUGUUCUUGGUGUAUCUUAUCUAACUUGUAACACUUCAUCGCUGUAGCGUAAUACAUAGAAAUAACUGUGGUAGGAAUUGAAUGUAUUGUCGGAAGCAAUGUGAUUUCUUUGUUAUAUUAAUUUAUUUUUCUAUUAUGGAUAUUUCUAUUUUACUCUUUUCUAUCUAAAAUUAAGAGGCAACUAAUUUGAGAUACUAAGUAAUAUUAUGGACAAUUACUCUAAAAUGCAAUUAAAUUAGUAUUGAAAAACAGUGUUGUGAAACGACUACGUACCUAAUGUAUUUAUAUUUGAAUUGAGCUUAUUAAUAGCGUCAUGUAAAGCUAUCAACCACCAAGAAAUAGUGUACUGUUUGGGUUACUCAAUCACUCUGUUUGCUCGUCACUUUUAAUGGGGAGCUUCAUGAUAUCUAUAA